AUGGAUGAGAAAAUCACAACUUUAUAACAAAGAAAGUUUCUUUAUUACUUUCAAAAUAACAAUACAGUGAGUUAAAAAUUUGAUAGUCAAUCUGAGUAAGUUUUUAAAAAUUAGUAAACUCAAUUAAUUGAUAUUAUACUAUGUAUCUUGAUAACAGAGAGGUUUUAUAUUAUAGAACCUAUAAUAAUAUUUUAGAGUUUCUGGGUUAAAUAGGUGGACUUUUAGAAUUAAUGUGAUUUUUUGGUAGGAACAACUGUCAAACCAUUUAAGAGACUGUCAUGCAAUUUAUUUUUAGCACCAGAAAUGUUUAUUUAAAAAAUAUAAUGGUUAUUAAAAGAUCCAUCCAUAAAUUUAAGUCUUAUAGACUGA